AUGACCGACAAGUGGACUACUGUAACUAAUUCUAAAAAUGCUUCUCGUAACUAUUCAUCGUUCGGGUUUCGUGGAAAAACUCUCCUUAGACACAAAAAUAACUCUACUAGGAUUUCUCCUUCCUCUUCCGGAACUAUAUCACCCGAUAUGUCUCGGGAGAUGCCUACGUUACCACCAUAUCAUAUUGAAUUAUCUAUUAAAUGUCCUUUUGUUAAUUGUCAACCAAAAGUGACUAUAAUCGAUAGCACAGCUUUAAUGGAUCAUUUAAAAGAUGCUCAUAAAUUACGAUUUUCUAACUUGCACCAUGUUUAUUUAAUCCUUGAAGAAUAUCUGGAAUUUUGGGCAAAAGAAAUUACCAAGGACGGUGUCUUAGAACAAUUAAGCAUUGAAGUAGAUGGCGAAAUUACUGUAUACGUGAUUGAUCCAGAAAAACUUCCAAAAGACAGAAACAUUCGAGAUAGCCUUCAACGCGAUAAAUUGAAUGAAGUUUUGCAAAUUCAAGCUAAUGAACGUAACUAUGACUCGAAAUUAGAACGUAAAUGUUUGUUUUGCAAGAAUAUUUGUGAAAAUAGAGCUAUUUUAUUUCGUCAUAUGUUUUCGGAACAUAAUUUUAAUAUUGGUCUUCCUGAUAAUCUCGUGAAUGUUGAUGAAUUCCUUCAAAUUCUUGAAAAAAAACUGACGAGGUGCGACAUACCCAACCUAUUGACUGAACCUGGAAAGAAUUGGGAAACAUUUGAAAAAGAGCGUUGUGAUUCUGACGAAGAACAUCAUCGAGAUGACUCGUGGGACGAUUGGGAUGAGGAAGAAUCUCAACCGACAAAUUGUCUUUUCUGCGAUACUAUAUCUCCAAGUUCUAAAGAUGUGAAGAAUCAUAUGAAAUGUACACACGGCUUUGAUUUAUUAAUGAUUAAACGAAACCUUGGAUUAGACUUUUAUCAAACAAUCAUUCUAAUCAACUAUAUAAGAUCCAAAACGUUAAAUAACACAUGUAUGGCGUGCGAUUCAACAUUUGAUGAUAAUCAGCACUUGAUUGAACAUAUGUGUGAAGAUAAUUGUUUUGUCAAAGUUCCAUCAUUGGAUAAUCUUAUAUGGAAAGAUUUAAAGUAUCUAUAUCCAACACAACCUAAUGAUCCACUAUUAGAUGGAUUUGAAGAUGAUGAUACCAUCGUGAUACCCGAAGAACCACCUGAAGAAUUGAAAGAAGGUAUUAAAAAAUUAAUGGAAUUGAAUAACAAUAAUGGGUCUAAUUUAGUAGAUAUUAAAGAUUAUGUAUAUAAUGAU